AUGGGUUCAGUAUCUGAGCGAAAAGAAAUCCACAUAGCGAUAGUGGGGGGAGGAAUCGGAGGGCUCGCCUUGGCGAUUGGUCUGCAACAGUAUAGCCACAUCCAAGUCAAGAUCUUCGAGUCUGCUGCAAAGUUCUCUGAGAUUGGCGCUGGCGUUUUCUUUGGCGCUAAUUCUAUCCGUGCGAUGAGCCUUAUACAUCCAGCUAUUGGAGAAGCGUAUGGUAGGAUUUCGACAAGCGCGGGCUGGAAGUCAAAGGAAGAUACAUACUUUGACUUCAUACUCGCACAUGGCCUUCACGGCUUGCCCACUGGCAGUCAUAUCAUAUCUCCCAAGCUCAAUGCGUCUGAGCGACAUAGCACUGCCCACCGUGCACAUUUUGUUGAUGAGCUUGUCAAACUUAUCCCCGGUGAUGUCGCCAAGUUUGGCAAGAGAUUGACAGACAUCUCCCGCGAUGAGGGCAAAGGGAAAACGAUUCUCCAAUUCGCCGAUGGCAGUACUUCAGAAGCAGACGCAGUGAUCGGAUGUGAUGGGAUUCGAUCGGUAUGUCGAGAAUUUGUAUUAGGAAAAGACAACCCUCUGUCACAACCGACCUUCACUGGGAAGCACGCAUAUCGGGGGUUGAUACCCAUGGAGAAGGCUAUUGCUGCGAUUGGGGAGGAAAAGGCCCAAAAUCGAUUCAUGUUUCUCGGCAAAGGCGGCCAUGUUCUCACUUUUCCCGUAGCAAAUGGUAAAGUGAUGAAUGUUGUCGCUUUUAGUACAACCAAGAAUGGCACAUGGGAAGGAGAUUGGAUUAAACGAAUGGAACGGGAAGCUAUAGCGGCGGACUUUCAGGGAUUUGGACAGGAAUGUCAGAAGAUAUUCUCGCUGAUGGAGAAUACCGACCAUUGGGGUAUAUUCGACCUCUCUCCCGAAAUUCCGACUUACUACUCUGGAAAGCUCCGCCUUCUUCUCUUAGGCGAUAGCGCACAUGCUUGUGCCCCUCACCAAGGUGCCGGCGCUGGUCAGGCAUUAGAAGAUGCGUAUAUUCUCUCUCACGUCCUUGGCAUUUGUGACUCCUCAUCCGAUCUGCUCGCUGCAUUUAAUGCAUAUGAAAGUAUACGCAUGCCACGAGCUAAAUUUGUCCAAAUUCACGGUCGUCGACAAGGAGAACUUUUGGAUCUGCAGAGGCCUGAUGUUGGAGAUGAUUUGGAAAAAUUGAAAGCAGUUAUCGAUGUACCAAUCAGAGAAAUUUGGAACUGCGAUUUGGUUGCCGAAUUAGACAAAGCAUUGGCAAUGAUGCAGAAAGAAUUGAACAAGGUGGAAGCAACAAACCCGGUAUUGUAA